AUGAUGUCUGACGGCUCGCCGGUGUCCAAAUCCAACUCCAAGGUUUCAACAGAUGGCAGCCCUGUGACCAAGUCCUACACCGCUUCCAGUUGGGAUGGCUCCGAGCUGGGCUUUGGCAAGUCGAAGUCCUUCGAUGAGUUGAGUGCAGAGGUCCGGGAGAUUUGCGAGCGCAUCGAUACGGACCGCAACGGCUCCAUCUCGAAGCUGGAGCUGGUGGCGGCCGUGCAGAAGGACCCGAAGGUAGCGGCAUUCGUGCUGCCUGACCAGAAGAAGAUCUGCGGUGGUCUGUGUGGAGGAGGGGACGAGGACCUCUUCGAUGCAGUUAUGGAGAUCUUUGACGUGAUCUCUGGGGGGAAGCAGCGCAUCAAGUAUGCGGACCUGGCAGCGCAUCACAAGAAGGCAAAGAACCAGCCCCCUGAAGAGAAGAGCGAGAUGUCGAGGAUCUACGAGAUCAUCGACGCCGACAAGAGCGGGUCCAUCUCCAAGUUCGAGAUCAUUGAGGCGGUAAAGGUGAAAGCGGAGGUGGCGAAGUUUCUGCUGCCGCACAUGGAGAGUGCUCAGAAGGUCAUGGAGAGCGAGGAGGCCUUUGAUGAAAUCAACAGCCUCUUCCAGACCAUCGCGGGGGGCAAGAAGCGCAUCGACUUCGCAGACUUCGAGGCCUAUUUCAAGAAGGGCCAGGUCCCCUCCACGGUCCGAGCUUCUGCCAUGGAGCGCAAAGACACGCGGGUCUUCGUCAUCGGCCCAGGUUUCGGGCAGCAGCUGAACCCGCGGCAGAGCGGCAUGGUCACCACUGCCGGGUACCAGGUGCAGUUCUUUCACGGCAUCCCGAAUCCGGAGACCAAGAACUUCGAUGCCUUGCCAUACUUGGAGAAAAUCAAGGAGGCGAUCGAGAGCUUCCAGCCCCACGUGGUGUGUGCCGCCUCCAAAGGAGGUGUCUACAUGGUGGGCCUUUGGAAGGCGGGGUACUGGCGCGGGCCAAGUCUGCUGCUGAACGCCCACCCCGCGUGCACAGAGCUGCCGCAGGAUGUGCCGGUGGUUUUGGCGCAUGGUGGCAACGACGAGGUGUACUCAACAGCUCGGGAGCGCCUGGAGAAGUUGAUUGCCACAGGGACGGAGAACAAGUGUUUCCUGUACUACACCGCGAACAGCGGCCGGCUCCCCACGGGGCAGUGUACCCGAAUGGGUGACAAGCACAACAUGGAGUCGCUGCUGACCAGGGACUGCCUGCCGCGUCUCAUUGACGCCACGCUGUCUGAAGCAGGGCCAGAGGCGGGCACCGGGCGCCGCACCGGCUGCACUGCGCGGUUCAACUGGUACCAGCGCCGCUCAGGUGCCAAGCGAGAAACCGAGACGCUCUCGCGGCUUCGGGUGCGACAGGCGCACAUCCAGCGGUCCUGGCGCGAGAGGCUCUCGGAGGAGCGCCUCGAGGCGGAGGACUACCUGGGCCCGGGGGCCCAAAGACCGCGCCGCGGAGCGGAAGACGAGAUGGGCGCGGGCUCCCAGAAAUCGAUUCGCCCGGAGGCUCGGGUCUUGGUCUUGGUGUUCCUUUGA